AUGACGGCUGUGGUCCAACCCGAUCUUGGUCCUCCACCCGCCCACAAGUAUAAGGAUGAUCCUACAGAUGACCCGAUCGAGAGGAUGAUAUCAACAGAGCAGAGACCGGGGAUACCGCUGUUUGGCGCCUCCAGUUCUGGUGCCCUCGAAAAUACAGUUCAGGGGCCCACGUACACGCUUCGCCAUCUAGGAAGCAAUCAUAGCCAGCACACCCAGAGCCUCCAACAGCAUUCCCGACCGGGAGGACUUCUGCAUCAACAUCACCAGCGACCAGAGUCCCCUCACCAACACUCAACAGCACCUCUUCCCCCAGGACCAUACUCUGCAGCCCCUGGAUUGAACGGCGUGCCUUUGCAGCACCCACCUGCCCCUUCUUAUCCGGCGCCGGCUCAGGAUCCUGGUUAUUACGCGUCGGCCUCCAACCCAUACCCGGCAACAACCACCCCUGCACAGUAUCCUUCCAGUGACAAACACAAGACAGGAUGGAUGUCCCAUGGCUCGUCACAAUUUGGGAAAGAAAUUGAUUAUCUUAUGGCCGCAACAUCCCAGAUGCCAAGGCCGUAUCCUCCAAUUUACCACCAUACACCGCAGUCGAACUCUCCUGCUUCGGUGGCAUCGUCACAGACACAUGAUCAACAUGGGCGAAACAUCUAUGCACAAUCCCCUCAGAUUCCCUCGCAGAUGUACGGUUACCAGCCGUACUCUCCGAUUAAUCCUGUGCACCCGGCUUAUAAUCCACAGCCACCUGUGCCACAGCAUUCAUUAACAACGCAGUCUUUGAUGAUGCCUCCGCAGACAGCUCCUAUUCAGCAUCCUAGCUCAUCGACGCAUCAGCCACCCAUAGCUAACGCCCCAAUCAGUAACAGCAGCCCUCGAGCAAAAGUGGAGUCUAUCCCUCCACAGCACACGCCAGUCCAGACGCAGCGGCCGCCCAUGCCCCCGCCAACUCUCACAUCUCCAAGUACAACAAUACCACCCCUCUCCGCAAACAAUGUGCAUGUCAGCCAGUCCACUAGCGCCAAUCCGACCAGUGCUGCACCUGGGCCAAUUCCAGCUACAACCCCGCAACUCGUACGUCAAGACAGCAACGGUGUCCAGUGGAUUGCAUUCGAAUAUUCACGAGACCGUGUCAAAAUGGAGUACACGAUCCGCUGCGAUGUUGAAUCCGUGAACGUAGAAGCUUUGCCGCAAGAUUUCAAAACGGAGAACUGUGUCUAUCCUCGCGCAUGCUGUAGCAAAGACCAAUACCGCGGGAACAGGUUGACAUACGAGACCGAAUGCAACGCUGUUGGCUGGGCACUAGCUCAACUGAACCCCCCCCUACGAGGAAAAAGGGGACUAAUACAGCGCGCCGUGGAUAGUUGGCGCAACAGUAACCAGGAUCCCCGAUUGCGUAGUCGUCGCGUUCGACGCAUGGCAAAGAUGACUCGCCGACAAGCUAGCCAUCCACCCAGUCAUCAGCUCGGAACAAGCGCUCCUGUGCCCCAUCUCCUUACUCAAAGCCCUGCGGCACUGGUACCAGGUACUCGUCCAAAUGCUCCUUUGCCACUUGCGGCGCCUCUACAGCAUCAUUCCCAACACCGAGAUGGUCAAGCUGGAAAUGAAGAAAUUAGCGGCAGCACCGAUUAUUCGAACGGUGCUCAUCGUCCUCCAUACGUCAAUCCCAGUGCAAAACCUCCGAUUAGUGGCGGCCAUGAAACUGCCCCAGAUUUUCGUCCUGGAAGCGUUUUCCACGGCGGGCUCCCAUAUCCUGUCGCAGCCCAAACUUCCGGUGGUUUAGGAGCGCCAUCUAUGCCUCCACCACUGCAAGGAAGCGGGUUUGACUCUUUAGGGCGACACACUGUGGCUACCACAUCGGACAACAGACACGAGGCAGACGACUCGUACGAGACGGAGGGCGCUACACGAAACCCCGGUGACAAGCUUCUUUUCGGCGGACUACCUGUGGGGAAACGACGCAAGUUUAUCCUCAUCGACGAUAACCAACGUGGCGGCCGUGCGCGUGUCAAAGUGACGCUGGAUAGAGUCAAUAUGAACGAGAUCCCUGACUCUUAUCGUCUGUCUAAUGCAGUAUUUCCUCGUGCUUAUUAUCCCGUGCAGAUGAAAGGUUCUCCCGGUCAUACCGUGCCCAGCAAUCGGUAUCUCGAGAACGUGAAUGAGGAUGAUGAUGAUGAUGACGAGGAUGAUGAAGAAGACAUUGACGACGUCGACGACUAUGAUAACGGCCAAGAUCCGAUUACUAUCGGCCGAACUGUUGUUCCGUUCACGACUGAUGGUAUACCAGCUCCAGUGCCGCAGUUAUCGCGAAGGCGGCACCGCAAAGACAAGGUGAUGAACGAUAUCGGAUAUCGUAUGAGCUGGAGCCAGAGUAGGGUAUUCGCUGCCCGGCCUUUGUUCUUGCAGCGAUCAUUGGAUGCAUACCGGAACAAAAUGCGCGGUUCAAUGUUGACAAUCGGUCAGGAAGCAUUGUCAAUCGCGUCACAUUUCGAGACGCGUAUUGGAAAACGCAAGUUCAACGCACGCAAGCGACGCAAGAAGAACGAUAGCAAUAAAUCGGCAUUUCUUCGCGAGGUUGAAGAGGUUGAAGCUUAG